GAGGGUUAGAGUCUUCUCCCUUGCGAAAACCCAAAAAAAAAAAAGGGCAACCUUUCGAAUCCCCAUUUUCGUAGCGGAAACCAGCAUUCAGGGUUUCAGGUUAGCUAAUGUUGUGUGUGUCUCUCUCUCACCACUGUUUAUGGGUCACUCUGAUUUCUUGAAUUUGUUGUUCGCUAUUGGUGUGUGGUGUACUGCAUAUAUCACUGUUGCAAUUCUUGCAUCAUUGCGGAUCUUCAAUUCCAUCUGCUCAUUCUGAGUUAGUGAAGCAGUUUGAAAAGUUUGAGAAGCUAUCAUGGGCUAUGCACAACUAGUUAUCGGUCCUGCCGGCAGUGGAAAGUCAACCUACUGCUCUAGCCUAUACCAUCACUGUGAAACCCUUGGACGGUCAAUAAAUAUUGUGAACCUAGAUCCUGCUGCAGAAAAUUUCGACUAUCCAGUAGCCAUGGAUAUAAGGGAGCUCAUUAGUUUGGAUGAUGUUAUGGAGGAACUUGGUUUGGGUCCCAAUGGUGGCCUUAUGUACUGCAUGGAACAUCUUGAAGAAAAUCUGGAUGAUUGGCUGACUGAAGAAUUGGACAAUUACUUGGAUGAUGACUAUCUAGUAUUUGACUGCCCAGGCCAGAUAGAACUCUUUUCACAUGUACCAGUUCUCCGUAACUUUGUGGAGCACUUGAAGCGCAAGAAUUUUAAUGUAUGUGCUGUAUACUUGCUUGAUUCACAGUUCAUUACGGAUGUUACCAAGUUCAUUAGUGGAUGCAUGGCAUCCCUUUCUGCAAUGGUCCAGCUUGAAUUACCACAUGUUAAUAUCCUCUCCAAAAUGGAUCUUGUAACAAACAAGAGGGAUGUUGAAAACUACUUGGAUCCAGAGCCUCGGCUUCUUCUGUCAGAGUUAAAUGAACGGAUGGCUCCUCGGUUUAAAAAGCUAAAUAAAUCUUUGAUUGAAUUGGUGGAUGAAUAUAGCAUGGUGAGCUUUAUCCCACUUGACUUGAGGAAGGAAAGCAGCGUACAAUAUGUGCUGGCUCAAAUUGACAACUGCAUUCAGUAUGGUGAAGAUGCUGAUGUGAAGAUCAGAGAUUUUGAUCCAGAAGAUGAUGAGUAGGCCUGUUGAUGCUUCGGUUGCUGUGAAACGUCAAACAUGCUCCAAAUUUCACUCUGUAGAUAACUUACGAAAAAGAUGGCAGAGAAUGUUAUACCAAACUGAGCUGAGAACCGUUUUGACUGUGGUAGUUUUGAAUGUACAAUUGGAUUAAAAAGCAAUUUGGAUGAUAAACUAUUGAACUGAUUUUACCCAAGGUUCUGAAUGGACCAUAAUUGAGAUAUCUUGUGCAAGCUUGAUCUUGUGGUAUCUCUUUUCUUUGUGAAUGUACGUAACCUCAUUUCUUGGCU